AUGAUGAGUCGUGACUUCAAAAACGUGUUGGUGGUGUCUGUCGGGUUCCUCUUUCUGUUCACAGCUUAUGGAGGCCUGCAGAGUCUACAGAGCAGUCUAAAUGCAGAGGAGGGGAUGGGUGUGGCCUCCCUGAGCGUCAUCUACGCCUCCAUCAUCAUCUCCUCCAUGUUUCUUCCUCCCAUCAUGAUCAAAAACCUGGGCUGUAAAUGGACCAUCGUGGUGGGCAUGGCCUGCUACGUCUCCUACUCCAUCGGGAACUUCUUCCCAGGAUGGUACACCCUCAUCCCCACCUCGGUGAUCCUGGGGCUGGGUGGCUCUCCCCUGUGGGCAGCAAAGUGCACAUACCUGACCACUGUUGGGAACAUACAGGCGGCCAGGGACGGCAAGAAGGGCUCCAACGUCAUCAACCAGUACUUUGGCACCUUCUUCUUCAUCUUUCAGUCGUCGGCCGUGUGGGGAAACCUCAUGUCGUCGCUUAUCUUCGGACAGGACACCAAAAUAGCUGACAUCCCAGAGGAGCAGCUGAGGACGUGUGGAGCAGCUGACUGCAGCCUCAACAUCACCUCUAAUGCCACCACCACCAGACAUGAGCAGCAGCUGGUCUGGAUGCUGGUUGGCAGCUACAUUGGUGUGGGCCUGCUCGCCAUCCUCAUCGUGGUGGUGUUUCUGGACAACAUCGACCAGGAGCAGACCAGUCACUUUCGUGGGAACCGGGAGCCGUUAUGCCACACGUUCCUGGCCACGUUCCGGCUGCUGAAGGACUGGCGUCUGGUGACCCUCAUCCCUAUCACCAUGUACACCGGCUUCCAGGAGAGCUUCUUGGCUGGAGAGUACACCAAGAAUUACGUGACGUGUGCUUUGGGGAUCCAUUACAUUGGAUUCGUGAUGAUGUGCUUCGGCGCCUUCAACUCUGUUAGUUCUUUCACCUUCGGGAGACUUGCUCGUUACACAGGCAGAGCUGCUCUUUUCUUCCUUGGUGCGCUGAUCAAUGUCUCCUGCAUCAUCGCUUUGCUGUUUUGGAGGCCUCAUCCGGACCAGCUUCCCGUCUUCUUUGUGUUCCCCGCUCUGUGGGCAAUGGCCGACUCCAUUUGGCAAACUCAGACUAACGCUCUUUAUGGCGUCCUCUUCCCCCGGGACAAAGAAGCAGCCUUUGCCAACUACCGCAUGUGGGAGUCCCUGGGCUACGUCAUCUCCUUUGCCUACAGCACCUUCUUGUGCCUGGAGUAUAAACUGUACAUCGUCCUGGCUGUUCUGCUGCUCACUGCCGUCACCUACCCCAUCGUGGAGUACCAUGAACACAAGAACCCCACGCCGUCUAUAGAACAGGACACCUACCAAAUUCAUAAGGAAGCCAUUAAAGCAGAUGAAAAAAUAAUAAUAAACCAGACACGAAUAUAAGGACCAUUUUGCCUCACAGCCUGGCUGCUAGGCGUCUAAUCAGGUGACACGCAUAGGCACAUACAGUAGAAGACAACAAGGAAAAUGGAGAAAUCGCCACACACCAACUGGACCCUUUACUGUCCUGACCUCUCCAGUGAUUCCUGUGAACGAAUGGCUUUUUAAAUCUUGCCUGUUACUAAACACCAAAACAAAUCCAGUUUGAAUGAUGUUCACAAAACAGCUAAUGGACAUAAAACAUUCUGUUGUCUUCUUAGGAGGAGAGGUAAUACAAUUCGUAAAUGUUUUCUAUUCUAGUAUUUCUAGUAUCUCAGUGUGAAAACUUUAAACCACUCGGCCAUUUGUAACAAUUGGUUCUGCUAGAAUGUUCCUACAUCCUAUGAUCUUAUCACACAUCAAGUACUGUUUUACAAGCUCUCUAACUGGUGCAAAUACAUUUAAAAUAAUAGAAUCUCACCAUUGACAUAUUUUAAUCAAAUAAAUUUAAAAAGCUUUUAAAUUUGCAUGCUUCAUCUACAAGGUUCUACAUGAACUUGUCCCACCUUCCUUGUCCGAUUUCUUUAAAUUUAGGAUUUAUAGUGGUGUCAGGACGAGGGCCUCCUCAGAGGGAAGUGUGCAUUGCCUCAGAGAAGAAUGACAUUUGGAGUAAAAUAUGGAACAGUCUACUACUCACAAGAGAAUGUCCUACAUUCCCCACUUUUAAAACUCAACUCAAAGAGUUGCUCAAAGAAAACCAGUCUUCUGAUCAUUUUUAACUCGUUGUCAUUGUGUCUUUGUAGCCUGGUUGUUCUAUAGGUAAAACAGAGAAACGGGAGGUCCCAGGUUUGAUCCAAGGUGUUUCAAGGUGCUAGCUCAGUUGGUAGAGCAUGGUUUAGGAGGCACAAGGUCCCAGGUUCAAGGUUACCUGGAUCCCUUUACUGUAACACUGACAAACUUGAACUGCAUGUUCUGCUUCAGUGGGACUUUUAUGUCCAGUUCUGUUGCUACAGUAUCUCUACUACUGAUUUAGGGCAAAUGUAUCUGUAUUUGAACAAGCAAGUUUAUAUGCUUUAUAUAAAGUAUAUAAAAAUAUUUCCUUUACAUAUAACGAUUUAAAAAAAGAAUAAAGUGCAAAAUAAAUGUAUAGAAACUGUACCUAUGUGAAAAGAUGCAGGGUUUUUCGCAGCUUCAGUUCCUCUGAUUUGGACUCUUGGUUGUGGAACCUAUUUUACGCCACUAGGUGGCGCCUUUUCCUUUGGAUCAGGAUCUUCCAGUAUUUGUAACUGGUCCCUGUGCAGCUCCACUUGUCACGAUCUAGACUUCUGUGGGCCAUUUCCUGUGUUUAUUUUGACAUUUCCUGUUUUGGUUCUUCCUGAUUUAGUUUGCCCUUUUAUUUCUGGUCACGUGCCCCGUCAGCUGUUUUCAUGGCUUGUUGUCAUGUUGUUUGGGUAAAUACAGGGCAUAAGGGGCGUUGCGUGGUCCAUUAAUCGGCUCCCAGACUUUAUGUGCUCUAAAGACAGGUCUUCCAAGUAGCAAUAGUAUUUCUGCGUUUGGAUCCAAAACUGGGAUGCGUUUGAAAAGGUAUCUUAGAGGAAGUUGGUGCAAGAUUGGCGUUGGAAUCUCUGAACAUUUCAACCAUUUGGUCACAUACCAGGCAAAAUCCAAGCAAAGUCCUUCAAAGGCCUCUGCUGUGUGAGUGACAGCACGUAACCCCGCCCCCUAAUCUGGCUCCUCAGGUCAGACCUCGCUGCCCUCCCAGCUCAGCUCCAGGAAAUAUUUGAAAAUAGGAAAUAUCUCAGGGUGUAGUUCAGGAUGACCUUCUUCUCACUUUAGGGUUUGUUUCAGAACAUUCUGCGUUUCUUAAGUGGGUGUGGUCUGUCAUGUAAAGGACAGUUUUUGUUAGGUUUAAUAUUGGUGAUGGAAACAUUUGUUUUGUGCACAGAGACUGGUUUGUUUGGGAUGAAAUAGUUUAAAGUGCACUUAACUGGUUUGGCGUGAGCUGUUGGUGCACUGAUACAGUACAUGAAACUGGGGUUCCUGUAGCUUUUGCCAAAUGGUUUUUCAACCAGGGCAGCACGGGUAGCCUGUGUCGCCUCACAGCUAGAAGGUCCUGGGUUCGAUUCCCGGAGGCGGAGUUUGCAUGUUCUUCCCGUGUUUGCGUGGGUUCUGUCCGGGUUCUCUGGCUUUCUCCAACAACAUGCGUAGGUUGAUUGGUUACUCUAAAUUGCCCGUAGGCGUGGGUGUAAAUGGUUGUUUGUAUAUGUGUGGCCCUGUGAUGGACUGGCGUCCUGUCCAGGGUGUACCCGCCCCUCGCCUAUAGCUGGGAUAGGCUCCAGCACCCCCGCGACCCCACAUACGGGAUUAAGUGGAAUGGAUGGAUGGAUUCGGCAGUGUCAGCCUGAAUGUUUCAGGAGCUGCUUUCAAUUAAAAAAGAGCAUUUGACUCUUUUAAGCAAGCUUGGAUAAGCAUAACAAUAGAAGCCUCCUUUCAUGGUCAGACUGUUUUUUCACCAGCACCUUCUCCCAAAGAGAGGAGUCCUGCAGUGUUACUGUCACCUGAUUUGAUUUUGAUUUAAAAUGAAAUACAUUUCGAUUUAAAAGGUACAUUUGUGAUGACCCAAAUGAAAUGGCAACUCAUUAAUGCACUCAUUUAUAUAUACUAUUAAACCAAACAACAAUUUAGAAUCCUUUAGAGUCAUCACUCAGGUAAUAUUACAUGCUUUAAAUAUUCUGGACAAGCAUUAUUUGAGGCUUCUUCCUAAACUACCUUCACUGUUCUUUCUCCUGUGCGCUGCUUAACAAGGACAUUUCCCCAAUGUAGGAUCAGUAAUACUAUUAUGUACUAAACUAAGUUCAUGACGUCAUGAACUGAGUCCUAAACUUCAGUCUGACAUUGUGUCAUGAUUUGGGUUUCGUUUCUAGUUGUUUCCUGUCGUCACGCCAUGUCCUGUUUUAUUUUGUUAACUUCCUGUUCCAGUCAGCUGUCCACUUACCGGUUCUCAGUAUCCACACCUGUCAGUAAUUAUGUAAUCACUCUGUGUAUUUAGCCACCACCUGUUCCAUCGUCCUUUGCCAGAUUGUCGUGUUUCUUGUGAGUCCCCGAGUUUCAUUACUGUCCCGAGUUUCUUGAGUGUUCCGAGUUCUUGUGUCUCCUGAGUGUUCCGAGUUUCCCGAGUUUCAUGAGUGUCUUGAAGUUUCCCGUGUUUCGUGUUCCGUGUUCCUCGUGUUUUGUUCCCGUUUGCCUUGAACGUCUUAUCCCUGCCUGUACUUUUGCCGUGACCACUUGUGUAUGACCUGGACCGUCUGACCUUGCCUUGGAAAAUAAACCUCUGUUUGAUCAUAAUCCUGCCUCCGUGCUGUGCAUGUGGGUCCGCCGCCUGCUUUGAGUCCUGACAGAACAAUCUGGCCAAACUUGGACCCAGCCAGCACUCAGCCUCCGGUCAGGUCAGUGACUGUUUUUUCUUGCUUUUUUUUUACGGCGAAUAUUAUUCACCCGAGGGAGCAUGGAGUUUACCUGCGCCGAGUUACCUAGCGACCUCCAAGUUUAUUUUAAAAUCCUCGCGGAGGAUUACCGACGAGCGCGCAACCCGGAGAACCAGCGCAGCGCCGUGGAGGUGGCGAUAUUGACUUUGGAGGACGAGGACAGCGUUUUUGAGCUUCCCAGUGUUCGUCGCCUCUAUGAGCGAUUGUGCGCGAGGUUCGAUGAGCUAAGCGACGCGCUCCGCACCACGCCAGCGCCGGUCGCACCGCCGAUGGUUUCGGUUUCCUCCUCCCAGCCCCGUCGGACCGUCGUGUCUGAACCAACCUGCCCAGCUCCAUGUUUGUUCCGCUGGGAGGAUGUCCUGCACUCAUGCGGUCCCCCGUCUCCAGUUCAGCCGCGCGCUGUUCAGUCUCCAGUUCAGUCGUGUUUUGCCCAGUCUCCAGCUCAGUCGUGUUUCGCCCAGUCUCCAGCUCAGUCGUGUUUCGCCCAGUCUCCAGCUCAGUCGUGUUUCGCCCAGUCUCCAGCUCAGUCGUGUUUCGCCCAGUCUCCAGCUCAGUCGUGUGUUGCCCAGUCCCCAGUUCAGCCGUGUUUUUCCCAGUCCCCAGGUCAGCCAUGCCCCGCUCAGGCUCCGGUCGCCGUUCAGCCUCGCCACGCUCAUGCUCUAGUGCAGCCCUGUCACGCUCAGGUUCCAGUCCAGUCGAGCCUAGUCCAGUCGAGCCUAGUCCAGUCGAGCCUAGUCCAGUCGAGCCCAGUCCGGGCUCUAGCCCCGCUCCAGUCGAGCCCAGUUCAGUCGAGCCCAGUCCAGGUUUCAGCCCAGUCGAGCCCAGUCCAGGUUUCAGCCCAGUCGAGCCCAGUCCAGGUUUCAGCCC